UGUGGAAGACCUCAGCUGUCCUCGCAAGGCAUCAUGGUAGUUUUACAAGAUGGCGGACGAGGGGAUAGCAGACGGCAAUGUUUUUGAUGAUCUUUCCUGCUUUGUAUGGGGAUCAGAUUUGAACGAAGAUAAUUUCAAAAGAUGGUCUCAAGGGUUUGUGUUUAGCCAGGAUGAACCAAGUGCCCUUGUUCAACUUGAAGGAGGUCCCUGCGCCGUUAUAGCUUCAGUGCAAGCUCAUCUUAUCAAGAACGUGUUAUUUUGUGAUGGGAUUUCUAAACAUGAAUCAAGUGGCUGGAGGCAAAUAACAGCUGAGCAAGCAACAGACCUGUUAGCCCGAACUCUAUGUCAGAUGUUGCAAAUGGUAAAAGCAGAUGAUAACAUAGCCCUAGUAUUAAUGAAAGACCACCCACCUUGUCUGUCGGGACAAGAAAGCCAGGAAAAAUCACAAAAGAUGCCUGAUUCUACAGAGUUUUCAAACUAUCACAAAACUAUAUGUCAACAAAGUUUACGAAACCUAACAAGUAAAGAUUUACAUUCGUCAUUAAGAUCAAUCAAGUGCAGAAAUAUAGAAGAAACCAGAAGUCUAAUAACCAGAAAUACUAAUAUAUUUGAAAGUCACUUUGGAGUCUUAUUGUUUCUCUAUUCCAUUAUUUUAACCAGAGGUAUAGACACAAUAAAACAGGAAAUGGAGGAUUCAAAUGAGCCUUUGGUUGAUCCAGAUUUUGGGCAUGGAAGUCAGACACUGAUCAAUCUUCUUAUCACUGGGUAUGGCGUGUCUCACAUCUGGGACCAUAGUAAAAAUAUUGCCAGCUUGGAGCUACGAGGUAUUCCAAAACAGUGCAAUAUUGGAUUUCUUACUUUAUUAGAAGCACAUAGGUAUUGUGAGGUUGGAAGCUUCCUGAAAGGACCAGAGUACCCCAUAUGGCUACUUGGGAGUGAAACACACCUAUCAGUACUGUUCUCAACAGAACGAGACCUGUCAGGGACGGAGCAGCCUGUGGAUAAAGCAAAGAGAGUGUUUAAAGCCUUUGAUCAGCAGGAAAAUGGUUUUAUAGACAGUAGUAAACUAAUUGAUGUGCUGGCAGAGUUGAACUUGGAGACAGACCCCGAUUAUGUGGAGUUUAUGCGUUCUCGCCUUGAUCCUGAUUCAGUAGGGAUCAUUCUACUGCCAAACUUCUUGGAUGACUUUUUCCCUAGAGAGAGUUCAUCGUUAGGAAGAACUAGCCCUUUUACCGUGUUCCAUUACAAUGGUCUUGGCAUGAGAACAGAUGGCGAGUCUACAAGAAAGGUAAUUUACACCAUGGGUAUCGCCAGUAUUGAGCCCACAGACUUCAGCAGUGUUGCUGAGCUGGAUAUAGUCACGUGUCUCAAGACUAAGUGGCCUGGCCUGAGUGUUGAGUGGCAGUCUAAGUACCCACCUACCCUGAACUGACAUUUGUUACCCAAGGGGCGUGGCCCAAGUUAAAUGGCAUUUAUUGGCAAGGAGCUGCUUUUUACCAAGUCUGUGCGGUCGGCAGUGAUCCGUUUUACCGGAAAAAAUUAUUUUCAUUAGAAGUAAAGAGCAUUAAAGUCACACAUUCUAAUGGUUAGUUUAUAUUAAAAAUACUUGCCGAAUAAAUACAGAACAUAAGCCGA